AUGCUCAAGAUGCUAGUAGCAGAAGAAUUGCCAAGAACCAGGUCCACUCAAGAGCUGUUGAGACUGUAUGAAAACGAUCCGCAGCAUUAUAAUGUACUUCUAAUGUCGUGCGACCAUAAUAUCACUCACAAGGGCGCCAGUUUGUUGAAUUUUAUUGAGCACAAGUUUGAAAGCUUGAAGGAGAAAUUUGCACGUGAAAAGAGACGUAGUGGACUAAAACUCGCUUUUACUAAUCCGGAUCGGAGUGUCAACUCUGAAGAAAAGUCUGCCUCGCCCACCACGAAAAAUGAGUUUGUUCUAGAUGACGAGUACUGCAGAGAGGUUAGAGAGAAGUGGGUGAAGUACUUCGCCGAACAGGAAAAAACGCCAAUAAUGCUUCAUCUCGAAGAGGAACGUCGGAAGAAAAUUGAGCGCGCCAGAGAGCUAAAAGAAGAGCGCAGGCUUCAGAGACUGGAGCUGGCGAAUAGCCGCAGGAAGAGCAGACCCAUUACGGCUCUCUAUAGCUCACCCCGUCUCACCCAUCGCAUGCGAGAGGCUAUCAAUCGGCUUGCCGAAGAAGCGCGCCUGUCUCCAGCGGAAUAUGUAAAUCCGGGCCAAUCCGAACCAAACGCUCCGUCAAACACUUCGGUUGCAUCCAGUGAAGAGUAUGAGACUGGUCCAACUCUAGCAGAUAUCAUUCUGAAUUCGGAGUCAAUGACUAGUUGCUGCAGCAAAUGUCGCAAUCAGGCGGAUAUCGUGCAUUACGGACCGGUACUCGAGAGAUUCUUUCGCACACACGAUGAGAUAAUAGCUCAUGGUAAUGAUUUCUGCAACUCACCAGAUGAGGAUAUGGAUUUGCGUGGAAUUCACUAUCAGGAAUGAAAAGCCAAUACUCACUUCGUUAAGGAAAACAAUACGAUCGUUAAGUUCUUAAGACAGAA